AUGUGGGGGCGCGCCCUUCUCAGUCGGCGGCGGACGGGGCCGCUUCCGGCGCGCUGGGCCCCGAACUUCUUCUGUGAAGGCUACCCAUACUACGUGGCCGAAGGCGGCGGUCAGAUGCGCGGAGACGGAAUGCACGAUGGGGAAAAGCCCAGCGGCGGCUCGCGGGCCGGCGACUCUUCCGUCCGAAAGGGGGAUGGGGGACGGUGA